CACUAGUCGGCAAAGUGACGCAGAAGUAUUAAUGCUUUAAAUUCAGCUUUAAGACAUGUUUUCUCUUUCUGCCCUGCUGGGCACCCUAGCGGGAAGAGGUCAACUGACUCCUUCAGCCAGUCUAUAGUGAUAACUGAAGCUUUCAGCUGUUUGAAUCAGAAAAACUCGUAUGGAUUUGAAGCAAUAUACAUGUACGUGUGUUCGAAGAAAUGAGUUUGAUUUUGAGGUGUUGUGGAUAUAGUGUGCAGUAAGUGACAAUGGAAUUCGUUCAGAACCAGAAGGGGUUCAUGUGCUUGUAUGUAAACGGUUAUAAACACACAAAAAACCGAGAAGGCAAGUCUGGGCGCAUUUUCUGGCGAUGCUCUCACCGAAAGUGCCGAGGGAAUGUGACGACGAUGGGGAAUCGUUUGAUCCACAUGUCUAACCACAACCACCCGCCUAACCAUGGACGACGACACAGCUCACAGAUGACGUGUAACACAGUUGUCGCUCAGAUUCCCAACCAAAAGGUGAAUCCCAUUACGCCUUCAGUGCCCACCCAUAUACAUGUACCUGACACAAGUACGCUUCAUGACCCUAAUUUUCUCUUGAGAAUCAAGCAGGAGGAGAGUGAAGAACAUAACACUAUGAACACACAGAUAGCGGAUGUCCAUCAUGAAAUGGACACUACAGCAUUCCGUGCAGCCGAACAUCUCUCAGAAGGUGGAUUCAGUGUGAGAGGAGCUUCACAUCCCACUAUCAAUACCCAUCUCACCGUCAACACCCAUCCCCACAAUAUUGACACUGGCCAGUUACAGAAAGGGAGUUUGGGAAAUGUAAAACAAGUUGUGACAACCCUUAAUUCUGGAGGGAAACUGUUGGAGAUGGUGAAAACAGUGUUACCUCCCCUGACCUACUCCCAGCAUAAAGGAGAGGCAGGCAGAAUUGCCAUCAUAGGGGGAUCACAAGAAUACACAGGAGCCCCAUAUUUUGCAGCUAUAUCUGCCCUCAAAGUGGGUGGAGACCUAUCUCAUGUAUUCUGCUGUUCAGAUUCGGCCUCUGGUAUACAGUCUUACAGCCCUGAUCUCAUCGUCCAUCCUUUACUAGAUCGUCCUCAUGCUGUGUCACAGAUAAGCGAGUGGCUGACCAGAAUGCACUCCCUUGUCAUUGGUCCAGGCCUGGGCAGAAACCAUACCGUUCUUCAGAAUGUGAAGGAAAUUAUUCUAAAAGCUCAAGAAAUGGACAUCCCUAUUGUGAUAGAUGCUGAUGGCCUGUAUUUGGUGACACAGGAGCCAGGCGUCAUAGAAAACUACAAAAAAGCCGUCCUGACGCCAAAUGAAGUGGAGUUUGCCAGACUGUUUCGUAAAGUGUUGAAUGAUGACCCCCGUGAAGAUGAGCCUGUGUCAGACGUAAGUCUCCUCGCCUCGGCCCUGGGAAAUGUCACCCUAGUCAGGAAGGGCCUGAAUGACAUCAUCUGUGAUGGAGACAAUGUGCUUGUGUGUUGUGGAGAGGGCAGCCCCAGGCGAUGCGGGGGUCAGGGAGACUUGCUCUCAGGCAGCAUGGGCACCUUCAUAUACUGGGCUCAUAGGGCUGCCCAAAAGGAACAAACUGACCCUUCACUGGAGCUUUACGGGCCUGCCAUUUGUGCUGCGUUUGGCGCCUGCAGCUUGAUCAAGGAGUGUAAUCGACAAGCCUUUCAGAAGCACCGCCGUUCUACCACCACUACUGAUAUGGUUGAACACAUCCAGGCGGCCUUCGAACAGCUCUAUACAUGAGGGGUAAUCAGCUAGAAGACGACAUUUCACAACUGUCUUUGUGAAAAAUCCAUGGAUGGCAGGAAGGGAUUGAUGAAGUGAGCACCCAGGGGAUGCCUGCCAGAGGGGAUUUUCUUCGUCUCCCCACAAACCAGCACAAAAAAUAUGGAGGUUGAGGGGGGUUGACUUGAGAUUUUUCUGUCAG